CCGCUGCAAUACACGGACCCCCGAAGCCACAUUAUCAUUUGGUGGGCAGCUCCUGGCUCAAUAGUUUUGUUUCACUGAAGCUCUGGGGGAUCUGGAGGCAACGUUCCAUCUACGUUGUGAAACAUGAAGGUGUGGGUCGUAGUGGUGAGCAUCGCCGCAGCAGGCUCUGCGUGGGCAAACAACCCGACCGACCAAAACAAGCUGCUGAAUGACCUGUUCGCUAACAUAACACCAAAUGAUCUUCCACUGAAAGAUUCAUAUUUUACCAUCCGGGAGGACAGCGCACCAACCCUUUACCGAUUCAACAUGACCAAUGGCUUCUUUAGAAACCUGCACAAGAGGUUGACGCCAAAGUUUCAUGAAGAGUUCUGCAACGUGCGCGUGGACCGGUACUUGAACAAUCUGCGGGUGAAAUGUGACUUCGACCUGGAGGGCAUGAUGGCCACGUAUGAUGGAGCGCUGUCUUAUGGUGCAAGCGUUGUGCAGAACUUCACCAUCAAGACUUUCAUCAUCAAACACUCUGGAGUCAACCCUCCUUUACUGUCCGUGUACACGGGAGACAGAAUGUGCAAGUCUGAUAGGUGUCCACUUAGCUACUACGAGGUUUACAUCACAGCAUUCGAGCUCAAUACGACUGCGUCUCCAAAGUUCAGUGACUUCAAAUCAAACCCAAAGUUUCAGAACUUUGUGAAAAACCCAACUUUGGCGGAAAAAGUCUGGACAGAUUUUAAUGUGAAAAUGUACACUGAUAUCUUGCCCAUCAUAGUCAACACCUUGAAGGCGACUUAUCGCUCGGAAAUACCGAAAAGAAUGACGAAGGUUGGAGCCCUGAAGAAAAACAUCUUUCGCGGCUAAAACAUCUAAAAAAAAAACACAUGUCUUAGUAGAACAUGAGCCAAAAUAAACCACACUUCUGUAAACAAAGCCCGAUUCAGGACCCCUGAAAGGCUGUUUUCUUGUCAAUACUCUUCGAUUGAGCAUUACUUUAUAUGAGAGUGCGGCCCUACAUAAAUGAUGGCUGCAUCGUAUAAAGUGAAUGCAGCGUCUGGAGUGAAAUUUCGGCUGGUUCACGUGAAAUGAAUACUUAACUUAGGAAUAUUGCCUAAUUCAAAAGGAGUUUGAAAGAAACAAGGUAUUUAAAUUACGAAUGUCUGUUCCUAAUUAAAACGAACAGAAAAUGAUACCAAGAAAAGUAUAGGGUAUGUUAUUAGUAAUUGUAUUGUAUAUGUCGAAAAAAAGAUACGAAAAAUAAACUUGUAUUGGUCAGCUGCCAGCUCGCAAUGGGAUCACGUGCUAGGUGACACCUGCAAGCAAAAACAAUGCUCCACACUCACCGCAAUGGGAACAGGUGGUGCUGACGCUCCCACGUUCAAUGAACAUAUUUACGGUCCAUAGAAGGUCGGCAAACGCACUUAACAGUCGACUCGCUCAGACUCCCUCAGACUCAGGUCACGACGUGAGUUCGAGUCUCAGUGAGUCUUCGUGAGUAAUAUUUUGGUGAUUUUGGCACUGAGUAAGUCCGGUUGAAGAAAAUGUUCGUGUCUUUGAGUCUGAGUUCGGCUCAGAAAGAUUUUGGAACAAAAUUAUCUUUCGAGUGAAACGUCUUCUUGUGAGCCUGAGUCCACGUGCACCCUGAGCGCUAAAUAUAUUUCAUAAGUGAGUGUAAAUGAGCUUCAGAAGUUUUGCUGACGUAUGCUUAUUAUACCCUAUAAAAGUAAACGAGAAAAUGACUGCCACCGUAGAUCAGUGGUAGAGCGUCGAACGUAUUAUUCGAAGGUCGCAGGUUUGGGUCGUGCCGGUGGCAAGUUAACUUUUCGCCCACUUUUUUUUCUUCACACUUACAUAAAAAUGACUACUAAUAAAAUGAUUUCUAUUGUUUG